GAUGAAAUGUCCAAAACUAGGUAAAGCUCUUCUUGGGGCUCAAACCUUUUGUGGUAUUAAUUAUUCGAAUGAUGAAUGUGGAGCAAAUGGACUACCAUUAACGCCCACUUCAAUAAAAAUUUUAGGAAGGUUCAAACAUCAAUUACUUAAGUUACGACAUCCAAACUUAUGCAAGUAUAUUUCUCUUCAUCGAAGUAAACAUGAAAGAGUGGUAGUUGUAGCAGAAUAUUAUGAGAAAAAUCUAUUGGAGAUAAUCAACAACCAAAGUGAAUAUUUUAGAGAUUUUGAACUUUUGAGCUGUCUUGCUAAUGAAAUAGUUGGUUCUCUGGUUUAUUUAGAUAAACACGAUAUUGUAAACAGAAAUUUGUCGCCAAGCGUUAUUUUAUUUGAUGAAAACAAUAGGGUAAAGCUUUUUGAAUAUGGGCUUUUUUAUGUUACUGGUUGGGGUCAAGACGUUAAAUUUCCUAUAGGACAGUUGAAAUAUAUGUCACCAGAAGUAAUUGCAGCUGGUCCAAAAGCCAAGUUUGGUAUAUGUAAUUUCUCUUCGAAAGUGGAUGUUUGGUCUGUCGGUCUCAUUCUAUUGGAAGCUUAUAUAGGUACAAUAUUAUGGAAAGAGCUUACGACUGCAAAAACUAUUAAGAAAAUUUUAUCUUAUUUGAAAUUUGAUGGAAGUGCCUUCGACAUUAUCAUCAAAGAAGAUCUUAAUGAAAAUCAACAGAAGCAGAUUAAACUCUUACCUUCCGAAAUAUAUACGCUUAUACGUCAAUGCCUGCUAAUAUCAGCAGCUGACAGACCGAAAAUUCAGGCGUUAUACAACUUUAGACUAUUUAAAAACUUUUCUAAGGAUGUUGAAAAAUUCGAUGUUCGUGAUGACAUGUUCGCUUCGACUUCACGCAUGAAGAACUUUGACUUUAAAUGCAACGCUGGAAAUGAAUGUAUGUCGGAUUUUCUGCUGGAAGAAAGAACUUUAGAUGAGAUUUAUUAUCUGUGGUGUAUAGCAGGUGGAGACGCUAUUAAUUCUUUCAAAAAAGCCUUCUUAGUUAGGCCAGAACCACCAGUGACAACUCUGCCUAAAUUCAUUUCAUUAGAAGGUGAAAGUGCUGGGCAAAUGAGAGACAAAUCAAAUUUAUAUGACGGAUCAGUUCUAAUAUUAUCUCAGGAUCAGCUACGAAAGAGAUUGUCAAAUCUAACAGAAGAAGAUUUUUUCCCACUUUUGAAUUCUGAACUAGAAAAAACUGGAGUUUCAACAAAUCGUUCAAGAAAUUCAAACGAGUUCAAUCAGUCUGAGUCUUUACCUAGAAUAAUAAGAGAGGCAGAUGUUGAAUAUCAAUUUCGAAGAAUUAUACUUUUUGACCGGCUUCUUUUGGCUUAUCCUUCAAAGCAGAGGGAUUUACAGAAAGAAGCUAGAAUUGAUAUACCGCCAUUUCUAAGAGCAAAAAUUUGGUCUGCAUUACUUAACGUGAAAGGUGAUAUUCAAGGUCACUUUGACUCAAUUGACAAAGAAACUACUAUUGCAAUCGACCGACAAAUUGAAGUUGAUAUACCUCGUUGUCAUCAAUAUCAUGAGCUGUUAUCAUCACCCAGCGGUCAUCAAAAGUUACGCAGAGUUCUUAAGGCCUGGGUUGUAAAUCACCCUGAAUAUGUUUAUUGGCAAGGAUUAGAUUCUUUGGCUGCCCCAUUUGUAGCUCUAAAUUUCGAUGAUGAAGCUCUGGCUUUUUGCUGUUUAGAAAAUUUCAUACCAAAAUAUCUGCAUAACUUUUUUCUUAAAGAUAAUUCUGAAGUUAUUCAAGAGUAUUUGGCAGUAUUUUCGCAUCUAAUAUCAUUUCACUUUCCUGAACUAAGCAAUCACUUAAAUGAGAUUGGCUUUGUCCCUGAUCUGUAUGCUAUACCGUGGUUUUUAACAAUGUUUGCGCACGUGCUACCAUUAACUUCAUUAUGGCAUAUUUGGGAUACUCUUCUGCUUGGUAAUUCCAGCUUUCCGUUGUGUCUUGGAGUAGCUAUCUUAGAACAAUUAUCCCCAAGAUUACUUCAGUGUGAAUUUAACGAAUGCAUUCUAUUAUUUUCUGAUUUACCAGAACUCGACAUCGAAAGAGUUGUCAACAACGCCAUAAAAAUUUUCCGGUCAACUCCAAAAACAGCUACAUAUCGACGUCAUGCGCACGUCAAAACAGAUGAAAAAAUGAAAGAUACCUACUACAGUGAAGAGUAUUCUUUGAAAAAAGAGUGCCUAAUUGCGAAUGACCCAAUAUCCCUCUCUGAACUAAAGAGAGAGAAACUGCCUAGAAUAUGCUCGCAGGACUUGCUAGAGUUAUUAGAAUUUCGCAAGUCUUCUCCUUCUUCUUCUCCAACAAAAGUUAAUGGAUCUGACACUUCGAAGCCCAAAAUGCUGAUUAUGGAUAUAAGGAAUCCAGAGGAGUAAAUAAUUUCAAAUUAAUAAUUCACUUUUAGUUGGUUAUCUCUUUGAAUAUUCUAGAUACGCUAAGGGAACUAUACAAGGAUCCAUAAAUAUCCCAUUUCAAAAUAGACCUAAUGAACUUAAACCUGAAUCUAUCACUAACAUUCGUCAGUCUAAGUUGAUCAAAGUAGUGUGUGGUUCGUACGACGUCAACGCUGUUUCCUUUGCUGAGAAGCUAUUAGAAUAUGGAUGUUCAGGAGUUUGCGUUUUACAUAGAGGAUUUGAAGGUGUUAAGGGUACUGGCAUAUUAAGCGUUCCAACUCCUCAGUUGUAAAUAUUUAUGCUAUAGUUAGACUUUUAACAUGCAUAAUAGUUUCAGUGUUCUUAAAAUAUAAAAUUUCGAUUUGUGUAUAGUUUUGUUUUUAUGAAAAAUCUGAUAUGAAACAAUUUCCAUUUAUAUAAAAUAUGUUAAAAAACCUUCGAAAGGGAAAAUAUAAUAAGAACAAAUUUCUAAGUUGAUUGUUAGCAUAAUUUAACAGUAUCGAACAGAACAGCUGAUACAGAAUAUUUCAUUAAAAUAUAUCAUUAGGCGUGCCAACAUCCAUGAAAUUUAUUCAAAUUUAGAUGUCAAUAGAGUAUAUCCAGACUUUUUGGAUCACAAAAGUAUAUAAUAAAUCUUUUGCACACGUUAAUACAGUU